AUGCGGAGGCUUGAGAUCGAGGCUGACAAAGCUGUGCAACUCAUUCGCCUUGAGCUGGAAUGCAAAGGCUGCCCCCCCAGUCCUACUCAAUGCCCUGGCUUCGCUGCACCGGCCACAGCCCUCUCCCCAGCUGUUCAUGACUCCCUUGAUCCCGAUCGUCCACGCUCCUAUGGAAACUCUACAAGGGACAAAGUCUGCGUCUACUGUCGCGAGCCCAGACCCUUAAUCACAGACUGCCCUACUCUCAAACAAAAGGAAGAGUCUUCAGCUCUGUAA